GCUUGCAAUAUAUAAUGAGCCUCUGAUGCCACCACACAGCGACUAACACACUCCGGAGCUGAAGCUCACCAUACCCAUUCCUGGUUCACUAUGGCAACUGAUCGCCAGAAACCUGCAACCAAGCAAAAGCAACCAGUUGCCAGUGCAUUCAAGUUGGAGAUCUACGAACAGGAAAACUUUCAAGGCCGCUGUCAUGAGCUGACUGGACCCUGUAACAAUCUCCAGGAGGUGGGCGUGGAGAAAGUGGGCUCAGUUCUGGUGCUGUGUGGACCGUGGGUGGGAUAUGAGCAGCCCGACUGUAAGGGGGAACAGUAUGUGUUUGAGAAGGGUGAGUAUCCUCGCUGGGAUGCCUGGACCAACAGCAGACGCAGUGACUGCAUAUUCGCCUUGCGCCCCAUCAAAGUGGACAGCCAGGAACACAAGAUCGUUCUGUAUGAAAACCCAAGCUUCGCUGGGAAGAAAAUUGAGAUCAUAGACGACGAUGUUCCCAGCUUCCACGCUCAUGGAUACCAUGAGAAAGUCUCCUCAGUUCAUGUGCAGAGUGGCACCUGGGUUGGCUAUCAGUACCCCGGAUACAGAGGCUACCAGUACUUGUUUGAGAAAGGAGAGUACAAGGAGUGUUCCGAGUUUGGGGCCGUGCUGCCUCAGAUACAGUCGGUGAGGCGUAUACGUGACAUGCAAUAUCACCCAAGAGGGACCUUUCACCCCUCUAACUAAACGGCCAGCACACCCUUUUAUCCACAGCUUUUGACAUGCCCCCUUCUUUCCCAACUCUUCACCAUUGAAUGCUGAUCUUUUACACCCCUUGCAAUUGUGUCAGUGAUUCUAUUUGCUACUGCAGAGAAAUAAACAUCUGAUUUUGCGCUAA